AGACUGGGUUAUUUUAUGGUCUUUCAACGUGCAUGACUACUUUUAUACUUUUUCCUGUAAAGAACUCAAAGCGGCAGAUGAAGAACUUGAAACCGAAAAUAAGGAAAGCGGAACCAGGAAGUUUAAAGCGGCGGGACAAGCAGGGAAAAGGAAAAGUGCGGUAGAGGACACGGGCGGCCUCUCGGGUUGGCGGUCGGCUGACUCGGGUUCUCCCCGCGCGCCAGGCGGUUUUUAUUGAGCGCUCACACCCGCCGAGAAGCCGCGAAGCACGAAAGAAAAAUCCCCCGAGGCCAAGCAACUUCACUUUCAUUUUUUUGGUCCCCACCCAGAGGAGCCGCCCUCACGCCCCAGCCACCCCAACUCCUGAUCCCCCCUCCUUGGACGACGCAGCCAGAAAAGCCGGUUCCACCCAUGUUACUUCCGUGCAACCAACUCAGAAUGAAUUCGCCCACCCCUGCGCGCUAAUCAGGAUGUCUGCCCGCGGCCCGGCUAUCGGCAUCGACCUGGGCACCACCUACUCUUGUGUGGGGGUCUUCCAGCAUGGCAAGGUGGAGAUCAUCGCCAACGACCAGGGCAACCGCACCACCCCCAGCUACGUGGCCUUCACCGACACCGAGCGCCUCAUCGGCGACGCCGCCAAGAACCAGGUGGCCAUGAACCCCACCAACACCAUCUUCGACGCCAAGAGGCUGAUCGGGCGGAAGUUCGAGGACGCCACGGUGCAGUCAGACAUGAAACACUGGCCGUUCCGGGUGGUGAGCGAGGGAGGCAAGCCCAAGGUGCAGGUGGAGUACAAGGGGGAGAUCAAGACCUUCUUCCCGGAGGAGAUCUCCUCCAUGGUCCUCACUAAGAUGAAGGAGAUCGCGGAAGCCUACCUGGGGGGCAAGGUGCAGAGCGCGGUCAUCACCGUCCCGGCCUAUUUCAACGACUCGCAGCGCCAGGCCACCAAGGACGCGGGCACCAUCACUGGCCUCAACGUGCUGCGCAUCAUCAACGAGCCCACGGCGGCGGCCAUCGCCUACGGCCUGGACAAGAAGGGCUGCGCAGGCGGCGAGAAGAACGUGCUCAUUUUUGACCUGGGCGGUGGCACCUUUGACGUGUCCAUCCUGACCAUCGAGGAUGGCAUCUUCGAGGUGAAGUCCACGGCCGGCGACACCCACCUGGGCGGCGAGGACUUCGACAACCGCAUGGUGAGCCACCUGGCGGAGGAGUUCAAGCGCAAACACAAGAAGGACAUUGGGCCCAACAAGCGCGCCGUUCGGCGGCUGCGCACGGCCUGCGAGCGCGCCAAGCGCACCUUGAGCUCGUCCACGCAGGCGAGCAUCGAGAUCGACUCGCUGUACGAGGGCGUGGAUUUCUACACGUCCAUCACCCGCGCCCGCUUCGAGGAGCUCAACGCAGACCUCUUCCGCGGGACCCUGGAGCCAGUGGAGAAGGCUCUGCGCGACGCCAAGCUGGACAAGGGCCAGAUCCAGGAGAUUGUGCUGGUGGGCGGCUCCACCCGCAUCCCCAAGAUCCAGAAGUUGCUGCAGGAUUUCUUCAACGGUAAGGAGCUGAACAAGAGUAUCAACCCUGACGAGGCGGUGGCGUACGGCGCCGCGGUGCAGGCGGCUAUCCUCAUCGGGGACAAAUCGGAGAAUGUGCAAGACCUGCUGCUACUCGACGUGACCCCGUUGUCGCUGGGCAUAGAGACAGCUGGCGGCGUCAUGACCCCGCUCAUCAAGAGGAACACCACGAUCCCCACUAAGCAGACGCAGACCUUCACCACCUACUCAGACAACCAGAGCAGCGUGCUGGUGCAGGUGUAUGAGGGCGAACGGGCCAUGACCAAGGACAAUAACCUGCUGGGCAAGUUCGAUCUGACCGGGAUUCCCCCAGCGCCCCGCGGGGUCCCCCAGAUCGAGGUCACCUUCGACAUCGACGCCAAUGGUAUCCUUAACGUCACCGCCGCCGACAAGAGCACCGGUAAGGAAAACAAAAUCACCAUCACCAACGACAAAGGUCGUCUGAGCAAGGACGACAUUGACCGGAUGGUGCAGGAGGCGGAGCGGUACAAGUCGGAAGAUGAAGCUAAUCGCGACCGGGUGGCGGCCAAAAACGCCGUGGAGUCCUAUACCUACAACAUCAAGCAGACGGUGGAAGACGAGAAACUGAGGGGCAAGAUUAGCGAGCAGGACAAAAACAAGAUCCUCGACAAGUGUCAGGAGGUGAUCAACUGGCUCGACCGAAACCAGAUGGCAGAGAAAGAUGAGUAUGAACACAAGCAGAAAGAGCUUGAAAGAGUGUGCAACCCCAUCAUCAGCAAACUUUACCAAGGCGGACCUGGCGGCGGCGGUUCUGGAGCCUCUGGCGGACCGACCAUCGAAGAAGUGGACUAAGCUUGCACGCGAGUCAGCAUAAACCUCUUUUCCUUUCUCUCUCUCCCUUUUCAUUUUUUUCCCUUUUGUUUUUGUUUUUUUCUUCGAGAUGUCCGUGUGCCAAUCCGAGAUCUGUUGUUGGAAAUCUUUAGCCCGGUGUAUGCAUAUGAAAGAAAAGGUGCAACAACUUAGUUUAAUUAUAAAAGGUUAGUUCUAAAGUUUGAUUUUUAAAAAACAUUAUUUUAGGUUUCUCUUUAAUGCUUUUUGCGUGUAUGCUGACUAGCAUUUUUGGUUAGCUUAGUUUGUGUGUGGAGAUUUGAGAUGAGAAACCUAAAGUUGGCACACCUGUCCUAUAAAAGCUUAGAAACAAUAAAAUAUAUAGAAGCUUGAAUUGUUUAUUUUUAUGUACCACUUUAAGACUAAAGUGAACAAUGCAGUAAUGUAAAGGACAGGUAUACUCUUUGCAAACAAAUGCAUAAAUGCAAAUUUAAAGUAAAGCUGAAAUUGAUCUCAAA